AUGGAGGACCAUAAGCCUUACAGAGUCACAUUGCGAACUCAUUCUCGCGACAUUCCUUCGCCCGACGGAGAGAUUUCUCCUCAUUCGGCGAAAUUAUGCUUCAUGGAAAAGCAUAACGAUCGUGUGGCCAUCGCCGAGGCAGUCACCGUUGCUGCUCGCUCAAAUGUCAGCGUUAUCUUUGGGGGUCGUACACACGAGCAUAAGUCUGAAGGGUUCGACCUUCAGGCCCUGAAACUACCCGGGAGCCAAAUCCGCAUGAUCAAAGCAAUUGCUAGUGUAUCCAAGAAAACAAUCUUUAUUAUACACUAUGGAAAUCCCAUUAAUGUCUCUCCAUGA